AUGCGCUCUCUAGUGCUUAAGGAUACCCUCAAGGCCACGAGAAAGCUAGCUGUAAUAUCAAUGCUAGAAAGCUGGCGCGAUGAGAAUUUCCCAGUAUAUGGCCCGGAAGGGGAGUUACUGCUUGAAAUAGAGCGUUGUGCAAGUGCCUUGUUUGGGAUUGUGACUUACGGUGUCCAACUUCUUUGUUACGUGAGGGACGAACAAGGCCUUCGAUUGUGGAUUGGCAAGAGAGCAGAAGGAAAACAAACUUAUCCAAGUAUGCUCGAUAGCACUGCGGCCGGCGGUCUCGGCGCCGGGAAGCUACCCAUUGAAGCUCUCAUAUGCGAAGCACAGGAAGAAGCGACCAUACCAGAAGAGAUAGUGAAGACGAAAGUCAAACCCAUGAGCCAACUCACUUAUUUUCACAUCCGUGGGAACAAAGCUGGAGGAGAGACCGGUUUAUUUCAACCAGAGGUCGAGUAUACAUAUGAACUCGAAUUAGAUCCAGACAUGAUCCCAAAGCCAAAAGACUCUGAAGUAGAGUGUUUCAGCCUAUACACUGUCGGUGAAGUGGUCUGUGCUUUGAAACAGCGACGGUUUAAGCCAAACAGUGCUAUUGUUAUUGUUGAAUUCCUCAUUCAACACGGGAUCCUGAGUGCUGAAAAUGAGCCUCGAUACUCUGAAAUCUUGUCCCAUUUACACCGAAAGAUUGAAUUCCCUGUCCUAAUGCAGCCAUCUAAUUAG